GAAGGCAGGAGGGCCUGAAUGUGCUGCUGAUCCAGGUCAGCCAGCUGUGAGGGGUACAUUUCCUGGACCCAGGAGUUGAAAACAUUGUUCCAGGUCUGAAUUUCCUGCUGCCGUGGUUCACAAAGAUGCUUUUUAUCUUCAACUUUUUGUUUUCCCCACUUCCGACCCCGGCCCUGAUCUGCCUCCUGACCUUUGGAGCGGCUGUCUUCUGGUGGCUGAUCAAUAGGCCUCAGCCUGUCUUUCCUCUAAUUAACCUAAACAAGCAGUCCGUAGGAAUUGAGGGAGGAGCCCGGAAAGGUGCACUUCAGAAGAGCAAUGAACCAGUGCAGUACUACUUCUCAGAUGCCAGGACUAUGUAUGAAAUUUUCCAGAGAGGACUCAUUGUGUCUGACAAUGGACCCUGCUUGGGAUACAGAAAACCAAACCAGCCCUACAAAUGGCUGUCCUACAAACAGGUGUCUGAUCGAGCAGAGUACCUGGGUUCCUAUCUCCUGCAUAAAGGACAUAUGGCAACACCGAACAAUUUUGUUGGCAUCUUUGCUCAGAAUAGGCCAGAGUGGAUCAUCUCCGAGUUUGCUUGUUAUACAUACUCCAUGGUGGCUGUUCCCCUGUAUGACACCUUGGGAGAAGAGGCCAUCAUAUACAUCAUCAACAAGGCGAAUAUUGUCACAGUGAUCUGUGACACUCCCCAAAAGGCAUCAGUCCUGUUAGGGAAUGUGGAGAAGGGCCUCACCUCAAGCCUGAAGAUAAUCAUCCUCAUGGACCCCUUAAUGGAUGAGCUCAAGCUAAGAGGGGAGAAGAGUGGAGUUGAGAUCUUACCCAUGUCUGAAGCAGAGACUGUAGGCAAAGAGAACUUCAGAAAGCCCGUGCCUCCUAGUCCAGAAGACCUGAGUAUCAUCUGCUUCACUAGUGGAACCACAGGUGACCCCAAAGGAGCCAUGCUGACGCAUCAAAAUGUAGUUGCCAAUUCUGCCUCUUUCCUUUAUCACUUAGAGGAGUCUUUUGUCCCCUCACCUGAAGACGUGAGCAUAUCCUACCUCCCCUUGGCUCAUAUGUUCGAGAGGAUUGUGCAGGCUAUCGUGUUCUGCUCUGGAGCCAAAGUCGGGUUCUUCCAGGGAGACAUCCGGUUGCUACCGGAUGACAUGAAGACUCUGAAGCCCACCAUCUUCCCCACGGUGCCUCGGCUCCUUAACCGACUCUAUGAUAAGGUACAAAAUGAAGCCAAGACACCCUUGAAGAAGCUCCUGUUGGACCUGGCGCUUGCCCACAAGUUCAGUGAAGUGAAAAGGGGCAUCAUCAGAAAGGACAGCCUGUGGGACAAGCUCAUCUUUAAAAAGAUUCAGGAAGGUCUGGGCGGGAAGGUCGAACUCAUGGUCACUGGAGCUGCCCCCAUCUCGUCUCCUGUCUUGACCUUCCUACGAGCAGCCUUGGGAUGCCAGGUGUUUGAAGCUUAUGGUCAGACCGAAUGCACAGCUGGUUGCACAUUCACAGCACCUAGGGAUUAUACAUCAGGCCAUGUCGGAAUUCCCCUCUCUUGCAAUCAUGUGAAGCUGGAAGACGUCGUUGAAAUGAACUACUUUUCAGCAAACAAUGAAGGAGAGAUCUGUAUCCGAGGCACCAACGUGUUCAAAGGAUACCUGAAAGAUCCCGAGAAGACGGAAGAAGCCCUGGACAAGGAUGGCUGGCUUCACACAGGAGACAUUGGCCGUUGGCUCCAGAAUGGGACUCUGAAGAUCAUCGAUCGGAAAAAGAACAUUUUUAAGCUGGCCCAAGGAGAAUACAUCGCUCCAGAGAAGAUAGAAAAUGUCUAUAUCAGGAGCAGAGCAGUGGCACAGAUGUUUGUCCAUGGGGACAGCUUACGGUCAUCCUUAGUAGGCAUCGUGGUUCCAGACUCAGAUGCACUUCCUUCAUUUGCAGCCAAAUUUGGAGUUCAAGGCUCCUUCGAAGAACUAUGCAAAAACCAAGCAGUGCAGGAAGCCAUUCUGGAAGACUUGCAGAAACUUGGCAAAGAGAGUGGCCUCAAAUCCUUUGAACAAGUCAAAACAAUCUAUCUUCACCCAGAACCAUUCUCCAUUGAAAAUGGACUCUUGACACCAACACUGAAAGCCAAGCGCUCAGACCUUUCCAGAUACUUCCGGGUGCAGAUCGAUAGCCUGUAUCAAUCGAUCAAGGAGUAGAUCAAGCGUUAGCCGGCGACUCCCUCUGUUCCUUACAGUUGGCUGCGGAGCUGGAUGAUGGGGACAGAGCUGAAAUGCAGGCCAAAGAGCACUGUUUCAGUCAACGGAGACACGAGGAGUCCAGACUUGCGGAAGUGGAAGGAAGACCUCUGGGCGAGCAGGGUGUUGUCACAACAGCCUUUAUCUUCUGGGAAGGGAGCAGGUGGCUCGUUGGUUUUUAUCCUCUGAACGUCAGUCCUCGUUGUACCCUACCCCCAAUUCAAACGGAUGGCUUCUGCUUGUCUUUAAAUAAUAAAUGUCUUUAAAUUAAGAGAAA